AUGUAACCCAUUUAUAAUCAAACAUUUUCAACACCAAGAUAAUAAGUUUAAAUUUCACCAUAACAAUAAAUCAGCAAUAAUUACAAUUAAUUAAUGAUGUAAUAUUCUGAAUUAGAAUAAGAAAUGUAUACUCAAAGAACAGAUAAUCAUGUUAAAUAUUAAUAAAUUGUUACCAAAAUUGACAACAUUUAUAAUGAAUUAACCUACAAUAUAAAUUAACUUCAAUAUUCAUCACGCUAAGAUUACUAAUAGUUACUACAAGAAUUAAAAUCUCAAAGAGAACAAAAUAUUUAAAUGUUGUCAGCUAUUGCAUAAAGACAAUAAGCUAAUAAAUAAUAAUAAUUUAAUGGAAAUAAAUAAAAUUAAUCUGAAAAUUAUUAUGAUUAUAUAGAUUAAUAGGAAUAGUAAAUUAUAGAAGAUCUAUAAACUUUAGAUAGCUACAAACAAUAGAAAUAUGAUAAUUAUGAUCUAAUGCCAACCAAUUCAAGAAUUCAAAUGAAUUAUUUGUCACCUACAAGUCAUCAAAGAAUCAGUUCUAAUUACAAUAGCAUUUAACAACAGAAAUAACAUACACCUUUGUUAUCAACUCAUUAUUCAUAAAAUACACCAUAGGGGCAAUAUUUCAAUUAAUUAAGAUAAAAUUAUGGUAUCAUAGAAUUUUCAUAAAAUACUAACUCUGAUUAACAACAAAAAAAUAAUUUAUAUAAACCUUAAUAUGAUAAGAUAUAAUAAUAAGCAAAAUACUAAAUAUAUACAUAGGGAGAAUAUUUAAAUAAAAGUCCAAUUCUCAUUACUAAUGAAGAAUAUAUAGCUGAUUAAAGAAAUUCAUAUUAUCCAAUGAAUGUUAGUGCUUAACCAGAUAAUGAAUUGUCAAUGCAUUAAUAAAUUUAACCUUAAAAAUCUUCUUUAAAUCAAUUGGGAGUUAUUCCAAUGCAUAAACAUAAACCUAUUUUUGAAUAUUAAGUCACUAAUAAAUCAAGGAUAACCGAACCAAAUUAAGGUUAAAAUAUUAAAGAAGUUUCAAUAGAAAAAUAACCAAUUCUUAAUAAUGAAUUAGAAUAUUAAUUAUUUCAAUAAUAAUAAACACCAAGUAGAAGAUAAAAUUCUUAGUAAAGUCUUCCUUAGAAUUUUCACUUAUAAUAACCUAGUUAGAUUCAUUAAAAAGAGAAAAUAUUUGAUUUAUCGAAUAUCAAUUUGAGUAGGGAUAAAUCAAUAAUAAUAUAAUAAUAAUAAUAAUAAUAAUAAUAAUAAUAAUAAUAAUAAUAAUAAUAAUAAUAAUAAUAAUAAUAAUAAUAAUAAUAAUAAUAAUAAUAAUAAUAAUAAUAAUAAUAAUAAUAAUAAUAAUAAUAAUAAUAAUAAUAAUAAUAAUAAUAAUAAUAAUAAUAAUAAUAAUAAUAAUAAUAAUAAUAAUAAUAAUAAUAAUAAUAAUAAUAAUAAUAAUAAUAAUAAUAAUAAUAAUAAUAAUAAUAAUAAUAAUAAUAAUAAUAAUAAUAAUAAUAAUAAUAAUAAUAAUAAUAAUAAUAAUAAUAAUAAUAAUAAUAAUAAUAAUAAUAAUAAUAAUAAUAAUAAUAAUAAUAAUAAUAAUAAUAAUAAUAAUAAUAAUAAUAAUAAUAAUAAUAAUAAUAAUAAUAAUAAUAAUAAUAAUAAUAAUAAUAAUAAUAAUAAUAAUAAUAAUAAUAAUAAUAAUAAUAAUAAUAAUAAUAAUAAUAAUAAUAAUAAUAAUAAUAAUAAUAAUAAUAAUAAUAAUAAUAAUAAUAAUAAUAAUAAUAAUAAUAAUAAUAAUAAUAAUAAUAAUAAUAAUAAUAAUAAUAAUAAUAAUAAUAAUAAUAAUAAUAAUAAUAAUAAUAAUAAUAAUAAUAAUAAUAAUAAUAAUAAUAAUAAUAAUAAUAAUAAUAAUAAUAAUAAUAAUAAUAAUAAUAAUAAUAAUAAUAAUAAUAAUAAUAAUAAUAAUAAUCAUAAUAAUAAUAAUAAUAACAAAUACUUAAUAUAUCAUAAUUUGAAUAUCAUGAUAUAAAUAAUAAUGAUUAAAUUCUUCCUGUUGAAGUUUAAAAUUAAAAUUAACUAAAUUAAUCAUAAUAAAGUUAUAUGAUGGAUUUGCAUGGUAAUUUAGGCUAUGAUUAAUUUUAUUAAUAUCUCUGUUAACAAUAUCCAAUAAAAAAUUAAUACCUUUAAAUAAACAAUAAACCUAAUCAUGGAGAUUAAAGAAUUUUAAGAUAAGAUUAAGAAGCCUUAGAUUUAAUGUAGUAUAUAUAUUGUACUAUGUGUGAUUAAUUCAUUUCAAUAAAGUAAGCAAAUAAUCAUCUAAAUUUCUGCAUAAAUAAUAAACAAAGUAAAUAACCAUAGGAUGAUAAAUAUUUAGACUUAUUUAUUUGUUGUACAGAUCCGAUGAAUUAAUAUAUUGAAACUAGAGACUAAAAAUAAAGAAGAUUAAUAAAUGAAUUGACUAAGAUUAAAUAUUUAAUUGAAGUAGCUCUAAAAUAAAAAGAGUAUACACCUGAGCAACAGAAAUAAAAAUAAUAUUGCUUGUUUGCUCUUGAAAUCUUAAAUUUAAUAAUAGAAAAUCCAAAAAAUCAAUCUAUGAAUCAACAAACUUAAGAUUUAGUAAGUGUUUAUUAGGUCUUAGAUUAAUAGUAAUAUAACUUUUAUAAAUAGAUUGUUUUUUUAUUACAAAAAGCUAAUAUAAGAAUUUCUUAAUUAAUUUAAUGA